AUGAGAGUUCCGGCGUUCUUGCUCGCCUUCCUGGCACUUUUGGUCACGACUGUCUUGGCUUGGGAGAAGGAAGACCAUGAGAUAUUCGACCUCGUCAGUGAGCUCGAAGCCGCCGAAGGCAAGGGAACCACGUUCUAUUCGUGGCUCGACGUACCUUCCACGGCGUCAACAAACGAAAUAGCGAAAGCGUACAGGAAGAAGAGCAUGCUGCUCCAUCCUGACAAAAACCCGGACAUUCCUGGGAUACACGAGCGCUUUGCGCGGCUGGGUGUUAUCUCGACGAUUUUGAGGAAGAAAGAGAGCAGGGAGCGGUAUGAUUUCUUCUAUAAGAACGGCGUACCGAAAUGGCGUGGCACAGGGUACUACUAUUCGCGUUUCCGCCCUGGCGUUGGUUCCGUCCUCGUAUUCCUGACGAUCCUCACCUCUGGGCUGCAAUACGUCGUCCAACGGUUCAACUAUAAGAAGGACCUGGCGCGCAUUGAAGUUAUUGUAGGCAAGGCGAAGGCGGCAGCAUGGGGCCCGAAGAUGAUUCCUGUGAAUGGCCAGAGGAAGGUUAGGGUUAAUUUGGGGGAUUCGUAUGAGGAUGGGUACAGCGCUGGCGCGAAGUUUCUGGAUAUGGUUGUUGAUGAACAGCAUGUCUACCUUCUCGAGCCUUCAGGUGAUAUGCACCUCAUCGACGCUUCGACUGCCACACCGGCCUCUAUCAGCAACACCUGGUUCAUUGUGCUCGUCAGAUCCCUGUACCACAAAGCUGCCGGCGUGAAGCCCACCGAUUCUCCUGGUGGCUCGGAUCCUGUAGAGUCUGAGAAGCCUAUCACGUCCGCCCCGGACAUUGACAGCGACGAUGGGUCGUCGACCAAUGGUUCAGAGGCGACGAGGAGUGGGACGUCGACGCCUCGCAGAGGGGAUGAUGCAGGCAAGCGCUUGCCUACCGCGAAGGCAGGUGGGAUGAGAAGGAAGAAUCUUAAGAGGAAGUAG